AUGUCGAAGCCUGGUCGUACUAUUCUAGCAAGUAAGGUCGCUGAAACUUUCAAUACCGAAAUAGUUAACAACGUGCAGGAAUACAAGAGGACGCAUAAUGGUCAAGGUCCUCUUCUUGUAGGAUUCCUAGCUAACAAUGAUCCUGCUGCUAAGAUGUAUGCUUCCUGGACUCAAAAGACUAGCGAGUCGAUGGGGUUCCGCUACGACUUAAGAGUCAUUGAAGAUAAGGAUUUUUUGGAAGAAGCGAUAAUACAAGCUAACGGCGACGACUCCGUCAACGGUAUCAUGGUAUACUUUCCUGUUUUCGGUAAUGCUCAAGAUCAGUAUCUGCAACAGGUUGUGUGCAAGGAAAAAGAUGUUGAAGGGUUGAACCAUGUUUACUACCAAAACCUGUAUCAUAACGUCAGAUACCUGGACAAAGAAAAUCGUUUGAAAUCCAUUCUACCUUGCACACCACUAGCUAUUGUUAAGAUAUUAGAAUUCUUGAAAAUUUACAACAAUUUGUUACCAGAGGGGAACAGGCUGUAUGGGAAGAAGUGCAUAGUCAUUAACAGGUCAGAAAUUGUCGGUAGACCACUGGCGGCAUUAUUAGCCAACGACGGCGCCACAGUGUACUCAGUGGACGUUAACAACAUUCAAAAAUUCACUCGUGGUGAAAGUUUAAAAUUAAAUAAGCAUCAUGUGGAAGACCUCGGAGAAUACUCUGAAGAUUUGUUGAAAAAGUGCUCUCUUGAUGCAGAUGUAGUUAUCACUGGUGUCCCUAGCGAAAAUUACAAAUUCCCCACCGAAUACAUCAAAGAAGGUGCUGUUUGCAUCAAUUUUGCGUGCACUAAAAAUUUUAGUGACGAUGUCAAGGAAAAGGCCUCUCUUUACGUUCCAAUGACUGGUAAAGUUACUAUUGCAAUGUUGUUGAGAAACAUGCUACGUUUGGUAAGGAACGUGGAAUUGUCUAAGGAAAAAUAG